UUGUCAGAUUAUAAAUUCUUAUACAAAUUUGCUCUGUGAUUUUAUGAUAAUCAAAUUGAUGUGAAUUAUUUUUUUUAUGUGAAUCUGGGGUUUUAAUUAUAGUAUUAUUACAGAGAUUUAUAGGGUAUUUCAUGGCCUAUCAAAUGAAAUUGAACUUGAACUUUCUGUGUAUGCGUGGUUUGCUUAUUUGGUCUGGGUGAAUGACUGAAAGAAAAUUGGUCUAUUUGUAAAGUUUUCAUUGUCAACUGUAGUUCUAGUUGAGAAGGGGCUGACUGUUGUUCAAAUUGGUGUAUUUCUAAAGUUUUCAUUGUCAGAAGGGGCUGGCUUAUGCAAAAAACAACAACCAUUGAUUGGUUUUAAAGUAUUCAGCUUCCACCGAUUAUAGAUUGUAUGCCAUACAUCGAAAUAGAAUAGAUGAAAUUGAGUUUUACAUGACAUGUAUUAUUGAAUAGGGAACCAAAUAUCUCAUGGUUGUAUGCAUUUGUCAUUUGGUUCAUAGUUGUCAGCUGGUAUGCAUUUGUCAUUUGGCUCAUAGUUGUCAGCUGGUAACUCUUAGUCUUAUUAGGUACUUGCGUCAGUACACAGUAGAAUUCCGCAGACAUAUGUUUUCUGAUUUUGCGUAUGGUGUUUUAUUGUUGGAUUUGUUAACUGUUUUAGGUUCUAAUAUGCGACGUGUAAUGAGUUAUUGCCAACUAACUUUCAGGAUAUGCACACCUCCUUCUUUUAAAGUUAUCGAGCCUUGUAGCAUCUAGAUAACUGAUUGAUUCAUAACUCAUCACAUUUUAACGCCGUCUUCUUUUAUUUUCGAAAUUCUGCUAAUAGUGUGCCCCCAAUCAUGCUAUUAAGUGAUCUAUUUGAGCUUCAUCGGCUUAAAUUUCCAGAUAUAAGUUGGUUGACCCUUCUUUCAUAUUCAGGUGGUGUCCAAUUUCGUCUUACAUAUUCAGGUGGCGUCCAGUUUCGUCAUUCGUAUUCAGGUGGUGUCCAGUUUUGUCUUUCAUGAUGAAGCUCAUGUCUUGUGCUUGAGAACUUAUUUUGAUCUGUAAUUUUCGAUGUUUCCGUACUGUUAUUAAGCUCACGAGUCUUGGGAACAGUUAUUUAGAAAAUCAUGCAGCUAUAUCAUCAUCCGUACUCUAUGGACAGCCAGAAAGUCAGGCUCGCCUUGGAAGAAAAGGGUAUUGAUUACACAUCAAACCACGCCAAUCCUCUCACAGGAAAGAACAUGGAUUCCUCAUUCUUCCGUAUGAACCCAACUGCCAAACUCCCUGUUUUCCAGAAUGGUGCUCACAUUUUGUUUGAUACCAUUGAAAUAAUCAAGUAUAUAGAGAGAGUGGUGGAAGUCUCUUCAGGGGUUGAGACUAAUACCAGUAAUGACAGAGAAAUCAAUGAGUGGAUGCAAAAGAUUCAAAGAUGGAACCCCAAGAUAUUCACACUCUCCCACGUCCCUGAUAAGUAUCGUCUCUUUGUAUCCAAAUUCCUUCGCCGCGUGGUUAUUGCUAGAAUGGCAGAAUCUCCAGAUUUAGCAAGCGUCUACCACCUGAAGCUAAGAAUUGCAUAUGAGACCGAAGACAAGUUAAAAAACGUUGAUCUUUUGAAAGAUAAUGAGGAAGAAUUAGUUCAACUUCUUGAUGAAGCGGAGGUUCAGCUGAGUGAGACAACCUACCUGGCAGGAGAAGAAUUCAGCAUGGCAGAUGUAAUGCUCAUUCCUGUUCUUGCACGGCUAUCACUCUUGGAUGUAGAAGAUGAGUACAUUGAAAGCAGGCCAAAUAUCUCCAAGUACUGGAAGGUGGUUAAACAAAGGCCUAGUUAUAAAGCAGUGAUUGGGAAUUAUUUCUCUGGCUGGAGAAAGUAUAGAACGCUUCUAAAGACGUGGUUGUUUGUUUGCAUCAGAAGUGUUCUGAGGAAAUAUUGAACAAAUAGUUGAGGAGAAUAAUGAUCAUCUCCCCAUGCCUGAGAGAGAAUACUAUAUACGUGUACUAUUCUGUGAUUGUACAUUGGUGAGUCUUUGAUUCUAAUAGUCCACUGGGAAAGCCGAUCAGGUAAUUGAAGAAUGGUCGGUGUUUCCUUUUCCAACAGUUUUUUCUUUGUUGGUUCAAUAGUCGAAACAAUCUGGAUUGAGAGAAUAAAAAUCACGAGUUCUCCUCGUAAUUCCCACUUGUAGUUCUUGGUGCCUGUGUAGUUUGAACGAGUACUUUUCUGUAUUUGCUGUCCUGUAUGCAUCACCUGUAAAAUCAACAUCAACAAAUUCCUUCCCC